AUUACCUGCGCGUGCGAGAAGCGUGGAGAGAGCUGCGCGGAUCUGUUCUAAACCCUCAAUCAUGACGUCCACAAGCGACAGAGCAAGGACAACUGGUAGAAGGAGCUUUGAAUUAGAACCUCCUAAUUUGUCCUUGAGAAGAGUGGUUUUGGUUGGAAGGACUGGAGCAGGUAAAAGCUCCUCUGGAAACACAAUCCUGGGCAGGAGAGUCUUCGGAGUCACCAGUAGUGCUUCAUCAGCUACUACAGGGUGCUGGAAAGAGACAGAAAAAGUGUCUGGAAGAGAAAUUACAGUGGUAGAUACUCAAGGUCUGUUUGACACAGAUGCUUCCGAGGAUCUUAUGAAACAGAGGAUCAGUAAGUGUGUGGAAAUGGCCGCACCUGGACCUCACGCCAUCCUCCUGGUUAUUAAACUGGGUCAAGUUACGAAAGAGGAUAUAAUGUCUAUUGAGAAGAUCAGAGCUGUAUUCGGAGAAGAAGCAAUUAAACACACAAUUGUCCUCUUCACUCACGGUGAUGAACUGACCUGCUCUAUUGCGCAGUAUGUUGUUGAAGCCGGCGAGGAUCUGAAAGAAAUCCUGAAUCGCUGUGGGGGAAGAUAUCACGACUUCAAUAAUAAAGACAUGGAGAACCGUGAUCAGGUUAAUCAAAUGUUGAAGCUGGUAGAUGAUGUGGUCACUGCUAAUGGAGGCAGAAUGCCAAAACAGAAUGCCAAAACAUACCUGGUCCCCACUGAGUAUUUUCCCCCGACUAUGGAAGUCAAUGGGGCUCUAUCAGGACUCUAGCAAAAUCUAAUAAGAGAAGAUCAAAGAGUUGCAAGCACUGGAUGAGAGAAGAAUCUAUGAAAGGAUGGAGUUUCAGUGUUAAUAUGAGGCAAUGUGUAGUCAGACAGGAGGCAGAACUGAUCUGUGUCAGUGACAGUGAGUUAAUGGGGAUCAUUAAUAAGUUAAAAUUGCACUGCAGAAAGACCAAUAACAAGACUGUUUAAAUGCACCUCCACCAGUUCUGGCAUGGUAUACAGUAGAACAAACAUGGAACAAGGAACAGCGAGGUAAUGAGUUUGAGUGCAUAAAUUGAUGUACAUUUACAUCAUAUACCAUUUGUAGUAAUGUAAAUGGAGAAGUUUUUUGGUUGAUCCACAACACUGGACUGUUUGGAGUAUAAUCAGUAUAAUAUAAACAUAUCCUGUUAAGUACUCUCUAAAACUCAUCACUGAAACCCAUUUUACCAACAGACCCACAGAAAACAUUUUUUGUAAAAGCCUAAAAAAAUUUAACAAAACCAAAAAAAGAAUAAAAAAAACUGUUACAGAAA